AUGAAGUUCACUCUCGCUACUCUCCUUACCAUCGUCGCCGCAGUUUCUGCCGCAUCCGUCGACAUCGGCCUUACUGCGAGGCAGGAUAACUGCGCUUCCAAGGGCGGCAAGUCACCACUCACAUUAACGUCCAACUGCGGCGAUGUUGGCGACCGUGCAUGCUGCAGUGGCACAACUUGUCAGACCACUCGGGCACCCGUCGGCGGCGUCGGAAUGAUCUGCACAUAG